GAUCGCAACGCAAUGUCUGAUUUCUUUAAUCCACCGUGAAAAUCUGCGGAAAAAUGAAGCCCAUCGCGACAGUGCUAGUAGCGAUGUCUCUCUGUCUCAUACUCGUGCCCAAUAGAGCUCUGGUGGCUGCUGACGACACGAACGGCUCUGGUUCUUCCACAGAGACGUCGAUACUAUGCGGCAGAAACGAGGAGUACACGACGUGCGUUCCCAAGUGUCCGGAGACUUGCGAGAACCCCUUCCCAGAAAUCUGCACCCCAGACCCUUGCGUACAAGGAUGCAAAUGCAAAUGGGGAUACUAUAGGAACAGCCGUGGCCAGUGCGUGAGCAUCGUGGCGUGUAUACUCGACAUAGUUCAGAACCAAGUCCUGCAGCUGAAACCGUGAAGCGAUUCCAGCUUGGCCAAGGUACACGCGACGUAAUAGAGGUGGAUAGACGUCGGCAC